AAUUGCCUCGCGACAAGUAAUUUAGAGGACGCUGAGCAAGGCAUGGAACACCUUGGUGCAUUUUUACUGCUGUUGACUUGUGUGUCACGUUUUCCUUUAACGGAAGGUUUUCCAAAGUUUGUGUGUAAUAACGGCAGAUGUGUGCCUGUGAAUCAGCGCUGUGAUGGUGUGGACCACUGUGGCGACGGAAGCGAUGAGAUCUCCUGUUUGAAUUGCACUAGUGGCUCCUUCCACUGUGUGGCGGCAGCGCACUGCAUUUCUGCCCGCAGCAUUUGUGAUGGAAAGCUGGACUGCUCAGAUGGAGCAGAUGAACAGUUAGACGCAUGCGCAUCGCUGUCUAAACCACAGACAUGCACCAGGUCAGAGUUCAGAUGUGCUAAUGGACACUGUGUGCCCAAUUCAUGGAGGUGUGACCACUCCCCUGACUGUGAAGAUCGCAGCGAUGAAGAGAACUGUGAUCAAAACGAAUGUGAGAUCGAUAACGGCGGCUGUUCUCACAUGUGUAUUGAUCUGCCAUUUGGCUUUAUGUGUGACUGCCCCAGUGGAAUGAGGCUGGUCACGGACACACACUGUGAGGAUGUGGACCACUGUCUUGAUUCAGAUGUGUGUGAUCAAAUUUGCGGCAGUUUCGAUGGAUCUCCUGCGUGUGAAUGUCAGAAUGGGUAUGAACUGACCGCUGGGACUGGACAGUGCAAAGCUACAGGUGCUGUUGGUCAUGUGGUGGUCAGCACUCAUGAGGGUGUUAAGUGGAUGGACCUCAGCGGCUCUGAGCAAAGAAACAUCACGUAUAAAAGAGUCUCGCAAGGACCUGUUACAGCACUUAAUGCAAAUAACACGCUAUACUGGACAAGUCCAGAGAAUGACGUCAUCUACAGAAUGUCUUUAGAUGCCAGUGACCAUAGACCAGCUGUGUUGUUAAAGGCCUCCAUAGGUGUUCAGGGAUUGGCUGUAGACUGGAUCCAUGAGCUUCUGUACUGGGUCAGCACCAGUACUCAUGCUUUACACGUGGCCUCUCUGAAUGACUCCAAACAAAGACAGCUCGUGUCUGGACUCUCCAGACCUACUGCAGUUGCUGUCCAGCCACUGCUAGGGUAUCUGUUCUGGGCAGAGAGUGGGGCGUCUCCCAGAAUUGAGCGAGUCAGUUUGGAUGGGACAAGCAGAAUAUCAUUGAUAAAUUCAUCCAUACGUUCCCCUGUCGCAAUCUCCCUAGAUAUCCCUCGUGGUCUGCUGUACUGGGCUGACUCAGGUCUGCGCACAAUAUCAAGGGUUGCAUUUGAUGGACAACAUAGAAAGAUGGUUGUAGAGUCCAAUGGUUAUCUAGAUCAGCCAUUCGGACUGGCCGUAUUUGAGAGUCGAGUGUACUGGAGUGACCAAUUUACCAAAUCCAUCUGCAGUGCAGACAAGCACAACGGCAAUAUGCUCCAGGUGUCUCAGAGACUCGGAUCCGUUUCACCAGCUGGGCUGGUUAUCAUUCAGCCACUGUUACAGCCUGCAGGUCAUGCUGCAUGCGGUAUCUCUGGAGAGGUUUGUUUGUCAGUCUGCGUCACGGAUCUCUUCUCUGAAAAACCUCAACUCAUUUGCUCUGACCCACAACAGACUGACUUUGACAAAGAUCCAUUGCAGUCGGGAACAGGAACCCCACUUCCUGAUUCAGGAUUUCCAUGGAUUCUGUCUUUGACUGUCAUCAUCAGUUUGCUGUUGGUGGGGGUGGUGCUAUGGUGGCAGCGGUCUGAAUUCUGUGCCUCUCGUUCUCUUUCUCUUCUUGGAGAUGUGACUCUUAAAGAAUCCCAGGAUCCUCUUCUGUUAUCCAAGCUACCUGUGGUACACAAGCAUAAAGAUGCCAUACAGAAUGGUUCAACAUGAUAACAGUAUUUUCCGGUAAUGGAAACUGCACCCUUCCUGUGGUAGAUAUCACAGGACCCAGACAGGAAGAUGGAUUCCAUCACAUCAUCCUGCUUGGUGACCCCAAAAAUGCUGUUAUAUUUUUUUCAAAUGUCUAUUUAUGAUUGAUAAUCAUACAGAACACCAGUCAAACUGAAUUUGAACUCAGUGUAGCAUGUAUAAAAAUACACUACCAUCACUGUAUCAGACUUUUUAGUCCUUUAACUUAUGUGUAUCACCCCAAAAUAGGACGGUGAGAGUAUUCAGAGCUCCAUGUCAAUAAUUAAUCGAUCAUGUAGUGACACAACAGAUCUGUGAGAUAUUACAUGACGUUUAUUAGUUUUGAACUUGUUUUAAGAUAUUGGUCUGUUUAGUGUAUUCUGCUGUCAUUUGUGAAGGGAAUAAUCUCCAUUCACCAUUUAAGUUGACAAUCUCUGUCUUGCCUUCGUCAUGUGCGCAUAGAGACAAAAUCAGUUAGGAAAAGAUUUUAUUUUAAAAUUUGCUGAUGUUGGAAAUGCCUUUGAUUAUAGUUGUGUUAUAUUUAUAUUAUGCGAGGAGAAAAAAAGAAAUGCUAUUUAUUUUUUGGUUUCGAUCACUUCCUGUUUACUUUAAGUUAGUGUUAAAAACAGGUUUAGUUCUUCUGAUUAUAUACAGUCUUGAGUUUGAAAAAAGGUGUUUUGAAUGCGUUUCAUGGUCAUAUGUUGGGCUUGGUGAAAUAAAUGAUAUGAGUUGUAAAUUGUACUUUUGAGCUGUUGAAUCCCUUCACAUGCCCUUUAACAAGGUUAAGCUUUUUAUGGUCAAGUGAUCCUGGGGGUCCAGUCCAUGAGCAGUUACUUAAUUUAAACAAAAAUAAGAAAAAAUUGUAACGUUUUCAGAUUUGUUUUUACCUAACAUUGCAUAAAGAGACCAUACAGAGAUGGUUGAAAUAAGUUUGAAUUAAAGAGGUAAUAUUUGCCAGA